AUGGAUGGAAUUAAUAUUACUAACUUGAGUGACCGUGAUUCAGUGGAUAGGCACUUGAGGUCAGACGAUCAAAAUUUGAGAAAUCCGCCAAAUUAUAAUGUCAAUAGGGAUGAUCCUAUAGAAUGGAUUAAAACAAGAAUUCAUCAGGUUGUUGUGCUUAAAGACGAAGUGAAUAAUUCAACGGAAACUGAAGAGAUUUGUGCCAUAUGUCACUCGGAAUUUGAGCAGGAAGAGACCAUUGGGACUCUACGAUGCGGACAUGAAUAUCAUGUAGGUUGCAUCAAACAAUGGUUGCUAAGGAAAAAAGAUUGUCCCAUGUGCCGAGCUUCAGUUUUGCCCUUCACAUCAACAAAGAUAACUAUAGAAAUGCAUAGAAUUUAG